CCGGGCCGGAGCCGGAGCUGCCCCGCGCGGUCCUAACGCCCACCCCCGGGUCCAGGGUCCACAGCCAGUUGCAUGGCCGUUCAUGUGUGUGUGUGUAACGAUUGUGUUGCAGGGCUCGGGGUCUGCCAGCUAAAACAUGACGUUUCUGAAGCGGAGGAGGCCUGUCAAAGGCACCGAGGAACACCCGCGCCAACAGGAGGAUGAACAGCCCAAAGACAAGUCCAGAAGCGGUCCAACAGCAAUAAAGCAUGCAGCCCUCGUGGUUGGCGGAUUCCUGGGACUGUUCUUAGGACUGGUCACCUCGGUUUACGUUACAACUUUGCACGAAAAUGAUCUGUGGUUUUCAUCUAUCCAGGAGGUGGAGAGGGAAAUCUCCUUCAGGACAGAAUGUGGUCUGUACUAUUCAUAUUACAAGCAGAUGCUGCAGGCUCCAACCAUAAUCCAAGGAUUGAAGGAGCUCAUGUAUGACAAUCGAACUGAAUCAAGGAGGACAAUAAACCUCCUAAAGCGGAUGAACAUUUACCAGGAGGUUUUCCUAAGCAUUUUGUACAGGAUUUUGUCUCUUCAGAAUUACCUGGAACCGGUUUACUUCUAUGUGUACACGGUAUUUGGACUGCAGGCGCUCUAUGUCAUUUCAUUAUAUAUGACCAGUUGGUUAUUAAGUGGGACCUGGAUAUCAGGGGCACUAGCAGCUUUGUGGUACAUACUAAACAGACCAGACACAACGAGAGUGGAGUUCACCAUUCCUUUGAGGGAGAACUGGUCACUUCCGUUUUUUGCAUUGCAAAUAAUGGCAAUUACAUAUUACCUCCGACCGCAACUUAAACCAUUCCAGCAACGCCUGUCCCUCAGUUUGAUCGUGGCUUCGACAUUCCUUUUCUGCAUUACCUGGCAGUUUAACCAGUUUAUCUUACUAAUUCAAGCUGUGGCUCUCUUUUCAUUGGAUUGCUUGAAUAUGGUGCCAGCAUCUAAGGUUAGAUCACUAUAUCUCGUUCAAGUAGUUUCAUUGCUUCUGGUCUGGAUCCUACAAUUUAAUAAUACUAUGCUCCUGGGGUCACUGGUUCUGAGCUUCAUACUUGCUGCUUUAGUAGUGCAGCACUUUCAGAAGAAUUUAAAAUGUGGCACAUUUGCUAUAAGAGUAGCAAAACUGAUGCUGCAUCUAAUUGUGGUACUCAGCUUAACAAUCCUAACAAAUAACAUCAUCAAGAGAAUUUUAGGACUAGAAUCCGAUGAACAUAUUUUUAAAUUCCUUAAAGCAAAGUUUGGAUUUGGGGCAACAAGGGAUUUUGAUGCUAAAUUGUACCUAUGUGAAGAAGCUUUUGGCCUUCUGCCUCAUGACACCUUCCAGAGACUUCUGCACACGUUGAUUUUGCCCUUGUAUCUUCUGGUUCUGGUUGUUACACUGAUCGUUGCUGUCAUUGUUGCUAUUGGAAAUCUUGGUAACUGUUCCACUCCAUUCCAGAAUUUGCCUGUUAAAGAAGAGAAAGUGAUUGUGAUGAGACCAGACGUGGCCUACAAUCUAAUGCACAAUGUGUUAUUUGGUCUGCUAGCUUUGAGUACAAUGAGGAUGAAAUAUCUAUGGACAUCCCACGUGUGUAUGGUUUCAUCAGCAGCAAUUUGCAGCCAUCAUUUUUGGAGUCUAAAUCUCAAAGCAAUUCGCCUUUAUUCUCCUCAGUGGGUCCGUGCUGUGAGGUUUGCAGUGCCUAUAUUAAUCUGUAUUUACCUUUAUCGCGAGUUCUGGCCAAAGGUAAUGGCUGAACUCUCAGAUUUAAGGGAAUUCUAUGACCCUGAUACAGUUGAAUUAAUGAACUGGAUCAACAUGAACACUUCCCGUGAUGCUGUGUUUGCUGGGAGUAUGCAGUUACUGGCAGGAAUCAAGCUUUGUACUGGAAGGACCAUAACUAAUCACCCUCACUAUGAAGAUAAAAAGUUACGGGACAGAACAAAGCAGAUCUAUCAGAUUUAUUCCAAACGCCCCCCUGAUGAGGUGUACAGGAUCUUGCGUUUGUAUGGAACAAACUACAUUGUUGUUGAGGACAGUAUCUGUUACGAAAGAAGGCACAGUAGAGGCUGUCGUUUGAGAGACCUGCUUGAUAUUGCAAAUGGUCAUGUGAUGGAUGGUUCUGGGGAAAAUGAUCCUGACUUGAAGACUUCUCCUUAUCCUCGGUUUUGUGAUGAAAUCAAAUCAACUGCACCUCCAUAUUCUACCUAUUUCUCUCGUGUGUUUAAAAACAAAACUUUUCAUGUCUACAGGCUAAAGAAAAAGAAGGAGAUGCAUUAACACAAGUAGAAUUUCGUACCUGUUCAAUAUUACAUUAUAGAUGAUAGAUGUUGGCUUUAACAAUAGAAAAUGCAAGCCAAAUUCAUGUAAGAAACUAAGUUUAUAUCUGAGAUUGAUAGCUCUGUUCCUUCUCAGAGCUGCGGUUAAUGCUCAUUAUUUCUAAUUCAAUCCGAAAUAUAAGGUUCAAUAUCAGUUAAAUCUGUUGCUUGUUGAUGCACUGUGCUUUUCAGUUGCAUUUAUACAUUUUUACUUGCUAUUUGGAACAGGAAUUUUACUUACACUGUAUUUCAUUUGUACAAUAUUCCAUGAACUGAAUGUACUGUAAUUUAUUUGCUGGUCACUACUGCAUAAUUUCUUAUAAUCAAAUGUUUCUUUGCAACACUUUAAUGGAAAUAAGGCAGUAUUUAUUUGUUAAACAUAGUAUUUUAAAUAGCAUUUAUCUGCACAAUCCUACACUUGUAGGUGUCACAUAAAUGUGCUUUUUACAUUUGUCAACAUGGGUGAAAUUACGGUUUCAAUUACUAAUGAUAUUAGAAAACUAUUGAUAGUGUAAAUUAUAAAUAACAAAGUUAACAUUGACAUUUAGUGCCAAAUUAGAUGAUUAAAUUUGUUUGAUGCUAUUGCAGUAUAAAAACAUUUUUCCACAGGUACACAGUUGAACAUUUAUACUGAUAACAGUAAAGUCAAGCAGAAGUCUUAGUCUUGCAGCAGUUCCCAGGAAAGAUCUCUGCAUUGCUGACAUUGGGGAUUGAUCAUUGCUGGCUAUUUGGUGAAGCAUAAAUACUGCAAUUUUAUUGAAGUUGAAUGUAAAAUUAUACUGUAAUUUUUGUAAUGGAUAUUGUUACACAGUAACUAGGGUUUUUGCAUGUCGAAGGUUAUUGCAUGCAGUCAACUGCCUGAAUAGUCACAACUACUAAGAAUAACAUUACUCGAUGUUAGUGCCAAAUGUGUCUGAUGUUUUGGAAGAAAAUUAAUGUUCUUUUUUUUUUGUUAGCUACCGUCUGCCAUCCCUUCUAACCAGUCAUUUAGUCUCUGGUCCUAUGCUGUUCUUUCCAGUUGUAAGAGCAGAGUAGCUCGCAAUGCUGUACUGUUGAUAUUGUAUCUGUGUCCACACAAGGUAAGGUGUACACUGAAGGAUAACAGGGAUUCCGUUUUUAUUUACACUGAUUUUUCUGAAGUUACUGAUAUUAUGUCACGCAAUUACUUAAUAAGUUAUUCAGUUGUUUCUUAGCCCUUUGUACUGAACAAAUUUACAUUUUUUUUUAAUCCAUUGUCUCAGUGCCAAUAUUGGCAUUUAACAAUGCCGUGACAAUUACCUACAGAAUACUGUACCCGCCAAGUGUUAUUACUUUCUUUAUCCAUUUUGUACAGCAAUUGUAAAUUUUGAAAUAAAAUCCCUGAAUUUAACGAUUUCAA